CACAAUACACGCCCCUUCCCCUCAAGCACUGGAACAGAUCUCACAAUACACGCCCCUCCCCCUCACCUAACAGAUCUGGGAGGCGCCCAUGGGAAAGGGAGAGGCGGCCAUGGCACAGCGGGGAGGGGGAGAAGAAGGAAGAGCAAACACAAAAUUGGGAGAGGGGCAUCUCCCUGAUGAGGAGCAGCAGGGAGAUCAACAACAGAAUCCGCAGGAGAGGAGCAUGAUGAGGGCAGUAAUUGAAGAGGAUCUAAUGAGAUUGUCAUACGAAGAACUAAUACUAAUUGAAACAUUUUCUUUCACUGCACUCCUUCAUUCCGACAUUAUGUACAAGGUACAUUCAGGAGAUGGAUCUACGAACAUUGCCGAAACUAUCUACGAAAACUCCAGGAGCAAAUCAAAUGACAGUUUCAUCACAAUAAGAGAUGACAAUACACUGGAGGCAGACUUGCAUCACGAAAUGCCAGCGAGCGAAGAUGGGGGGGAGAAUCCGAUCCCUGGGACACAAACCUGUUCUACAACACGAAUCUGCAACAGGAGCCUCAAGAUGUUGAUCCCAGCAGAGCAGCGGCUAACACGAACGCAAGCACAGGCAUGAAUGAAGAAGGAGAAAGAAAAGAACCAGAACACUCACUUGAACAAGAAGGAGACGAUGAAUUCCUCGGUGAAGAAUACAUUGAAAGAUUCCUGCAAAAUGAACAAGAAGCUGCAUCAGAGGGCAAUCUGAUGAACACUAGCAGUAAUUUCAAGCCGCAUUUAGGCAUGCAGUUCAAAACAAAGGAAGAAGCUCAGGAAUAUUUCAAUUUCUACUCGAAAGUGGCAGGAUUUUCAGUUGCUACAGUAGCAAUCUCAAGAACAGCAAGCAAAAAAAGAAACAAUGAGGUGAAAAGGAUCACUAUGAAGUGCAACAAGUGGGUCAAGACAAAAGAAAUAGAGAAGGAAUGCAUAGUGCCCAUGAGAAAAUCUACAGUCAUUACUAAAACGGAUUGUAAAGUUGUGAUGUCAUAUCUGAGAAAGGAGGCAUAUGGGUAAUCACAAGACAACAAGUAGAAUACAACCAUGAGUUAACACCAAUAGUAGAUUCUUCAGGUCACAUAAGUACAUGUUGGAUGAAGAGAAGUGCUUGAUAAAAGUUUUGAAGCAUACAAACCUUGAAACAAGAAGGAUUGUUGUUGUCCUGGCUUACAUAAGAGGAGGAAUGGCUCAUCUACCAUACACAAAGAAACAUGUCACUAACUAUGCAGCAACAAUAAACAGAGACAUCGCAAACUCUGACAUGAUGGAAGUAGUGCAAAUGUUCAACAAGAAGCAAACAGAAAAUCCUGGCUUUUGCUACUCGUUUGAGCUUGAUGGAGAGAAUAAAGUGAGAAGCUUAUUCUGGACAGAUGUGAGGUCAAGAAUGAUGUAUGAAAUAUUUGGAGAUUGCAUCAGUUUUGACACUACAUUCCUAACAAACAAGUACAACUUACCGUUUGCACCGUUUGUGGGAAUAUCCCCACACGGCAACACAUACUUGUUUGCUUGUGCAUUCAUUAUCAAUGAGACAAAAGACACGUUUGCUUGGUUGUUUGAACAAUUCCUUAUGGCUAUGGGAGGCAAGCAUCCUAUAUCGAUAAUUACAGAUCAGGACAAGGCAAUGCAAGGAGCUAUUGAACAAGUAUUUCCUAAUGCUACCCAUAGGAGCUGCCUGUUUCACAUAAAGAAAAAGGCAGAGGAGAAAGUUGGGCCAUGUUUCCAAGCUAAUGAAGGCCUCUAUGAAGAUUUCCAGGACAUUGUGGACAACUCCUUGACUGUGGAAGAAUUUGAAACAGACUGGCAAGAAAUGAUAGAGAAAUACCAAGUUCACCACAUAAAGUACUUCAGCGACAUGUGGGAAAACAGGAAAAAGUGCAUACUAGUGUAUUUCAAGGACAAGUUCUUCCCAUUCAUUCAAACUACAGCUAGAAGUGAAGGAACUAAUGCCAUUUUCAAGAAAGGGGUUGGGGCUAAAUUUAGUGCUACUAGCUUUUUAAGAGAGUAUGACCGGAUACUUGAUGUUGUGCAUGACAGGGAAUAAGAAUGUGACCAUGUUUCCAGAAAGAAGAAGGUUGCAAGGAAAUCCUUCUAGUCAAAAUACAGCAUAGAAAGGCAAGCACAUGAGAUGUACAACCUUGGAAUAUUCAGAAAAUUCCAGUUUAAGAUGGCAGAUACAACAAGGCUGCAUGUCUUUGAACAAGAAAAGGACAAAUACUACAUUGUUACCCAGGCUGAAAACUACCCUCUAAAGGAACUCCGGAAAAGGUCAUACCUAGUGCAAGUUGGAUUGAAAGAAGAAGAAUACUCUUGCAUUUGUUGCACAUUCCAGAAAGAUGGACUGUUGUGCUCACACAUACUUCGAGUAAUGAUACAUCUCAACAUUGAGAAGAUACCAGAAAAAUACAUCAUUGAUAGAUGGAGGAAAAAUGACUACAAGCUAGAUAUUACAAAGACACCAGUUGUUGCAGCUGAGAACUCCACACUAAGGUACACUGUGUUGGCAAGGAAAAUGGUGCAUGUGGCAUCAAUAGCUUCAAAGAAGAAGAGGAAGUAUGAAUAUCUGCUGGGAAAAUUAGACAGGAUACAGAAAAGGCUCCGGGAAAUGGAUGAUGAAGAAGAAACAACAGAUGAGGGACAGAGUGUAGCAACGAGAACAGUUACAUUCGUACCAACAGUAGGAGAGGGAGAAACAACAACACCAUCAUUCAUAAUACAAGACCCAGAUAUAGCGAAAACAAAAGGUGCUACUACGAGUAUUAGCAAGGUACACAUCAAUAACAUGUAUAUCAAAUAUACCUUUCACU